UAUCUCAUACAUCUUCGUCUUUAUAUAUUUGAACUCUUCUAACUUCUUCUAUAGAUAUAAUCACAAACUUUUUGUCAUACUAGUACAAUCGUACAUCUCUACGGUUUUGUGGUAGCGGUUCAUACAAUGUUUUCCUAUUGCGACGACAAGAAGAAACAACUUCAGCCAGCGGAGCUGCCCCAACCAUCUCAAUGGCAGCGGCAAAGUGUUAGUGCUCCUACGUAUCACCCUCAGCCACAGAGUAUCAAUGUUGAAACUGAUCACUUGCGGGUUAAAAGCGAGACUGUUGUGAAACCUGUUGUUCCGGUCAAGCCACAUGCCGUAGUCCAGGCGCCUAAGACUAAGGCUUUGGUGAAGAAGACCCACAGUAAGAGAGACGAUGGAGCUUUAUUUACUGCGGCUUCUACUUCAACAUUUGUUGGCGGUUGUGGCGGCAACGGUGACAGCAGUUGCGGUGGUGGCGGUGGCUGUGGCGGUGGUGGUGGUGGUGGAGGAGGAGGUGGUGGUUGCGGCGGGGGAUCUUAA